GUAAGGUUGAAAAAACAACAUGCAGUCUCUGCUUCUUUGGACUUCAUUAUUUUUGGUGAUUUUAAGCCAUUUCCCCUUUCUAAACGGUGCUCCAUCUUUAUCUCAGUGCCCUGACAAUUAUCUGAAUAUCACUGGGGGCAAAUACAUCCUCUCCAAUUCAUAUAAUGCUGGUAGUAUACUGAGAUACAUCUGCCCAGAGGGUUUUUAUCCAUAUCCUCAAAAAAAGCGUGAAUGUCACAGAGGCCAGUGGGAUCCUAAACCCAGCACAAAACCUGUGCAAGUGUGCAAGAAGGUCACAUGUCCUAAUCCAAAUGUUCUGGUAAAUGGAGUUGUGAUUCCUGUUAAAUCAUUGUACUACGUGAAUGACACAACCACCUAUAGGUGUAAUUCUGAUUACACGUUUCGAGGAUCUGAAACCCGUGUGUGUCAGGUCAAUGGGAAGUGGAGUGGUGGCACACCAAUUUGUAGUCAUAACACUGAUCACUGCCCAGACCCUGGCACUCCACCUGGGGCCAGCAGACAAGGUCACAUUUUCAACAUUGAUGACAAAGUUACCUACACCUGUUCAAAGAAUCUAAAACUAAUAGGUUCCAAAGUGCGAGUGUGUCAGGAUGGUGGCCAAUGGUCAGGGAAAGAGCCGGAGUGUUAUGCUGAUUUCGCAUAUGAUACUCCUGAAGAAGUAGCGGAGGCUUUUGGCAAUUCUAUGAAGACUACUCUAUCCUUGAAUGAGGAGUCAGGUCAGGUUGGAAAGAAAAUACGUUUGGAUAAGGGAGGAAAACUUGACAUCUACAUUGCUCUGGAUGCAUCUGAUAGCAUAGAAGAAGAAGAUUUUAACAAGGCCAAAAAGGUCAUUAAGAAGCUCAUCACAAAGAUAAGCUAUUAUGAGGUCUCUCCGAAUUAUGAAGUCAUCAUUUUUGCCACAGAUGUGACAAAAAUUGUUAAUGUUAAUGAUUUCAAGAGGGGUAAAGUAAAGUUAGCGGACAUUCUCAAAAUCCUAGAUGAUUAUAAUUAUGACGAUAAAGGUCAGAAAUCUGGAACCAAUAUUCGGAAAGCUUAUGAAAAUAUACGAAACAGCAUCAGUUUUGAGAAGGCACAAAACAAGACAACCUUUGCCGAGACACAGAACAUCGUAAUCAUAUUCACGGAUGGUGUCUCCAAUAUGGGAGGAAACCCCAAACCUAUUGUUGAGGAAAUCAAGCAAACAGUAUAUGAUGGAGAUAUAAAUCGGGAUCGAAAUCUUGAUCUUUAUGCAUUUGGAGUGGGUGAAGACACUGAUAAAGAGAAAAUUGACGAGUGGGUGACAAAAAGAGAUGGCGAGGAACAUUUUUUUGUACUCAAAAGCAUGGAUGACGUUGCAAGGACUUUAGAUAAGAUGAUUGAUGAGAGCACGAGUGUAUCUCUGUGUGGACUCUACAAAGACUACUUUGACAUUGGGUUUAAAUCAACUCUGCGUGAAACAUACCCCUGGAUGAUAAAGAUAUCUAUAACACAUUUGGGUGGCACGGCAAACUGUAUAGGAUCGUUGGUCACUCCCAGCUUUAUUCUCACUGCUGCUCAUUGCUUCAGGUUUGAUGAUAAGCCUGAAAAAAUUCUACUUGUGGCACCCAAUGCAGCAGAGGUCAAAUUACCAGAGGUGAAGUUAUUCAUUCUUCAUCCUGACUACAAUAUCACAGCGAAGACGGCGAAGGGAAUAUCAGAGUAUUAUGAAUAUGAUGUGGCUCUCAUUCAAUUAAAGAAGGGUGUGGAAAUCACUUCUAAGCUCAGAACUAUUUGUAUUCCCUGUACUGUGGAGACAAAUAGGGCCCUACAACUGUCCUCCAAUGAUGAAAGCUGUGACAAACAUAGGGAAUUUCUGUUGGACAGUGAUCUUGUGAAGGCGUAUUUUAUGUCACAUAAAGUUGAAACCCUUGACGAUCCAAAGAAAAAUAUCCAAAUCAGGCAGAAUAAACAGAGAGAUGAAUGUCUUCAACACGCUCAAGACGUAUUACAAAUCUCCAAAGAAAAUGCAAAGGAGAGGAUUACAAAUAACUUUUUAUGCAGUGGUGGAGCUUCACAAAAUUACAUUGAUGAUGUUACUUGCAAAGGUGACUCUGGUGGUCCUGCAUUUGUGGAACGAAACCGCUUGAUCCAGGUUGGAGUCAUCAGCUGGGGUCUGAAGGAUACAUGUGCUUUUGGUGGGAAUGAACAAGAUACCAGAGACUUCCACAUAGACCUAUUCAGUCCACAAGUGCAAGACUUCCUUCAAAAAUACCUGGGCGAUGGGGAUAUAGACACGCCUCUAACCUUUGUAUAAAGGUUCACUGGAUGACUAUUUAUGUUUUCUGUAAACAUUUAUUUGGCUACUUUUUUUCCAACAGUAAGGACAGUAUGACAAUAACAAUUUGUAUGUUCAUUCGUGCCAUGUCUCAAAUAAUUAGGAUAAUUGCUUAUUUAAUAUAAGUUUACUAAAAGAACAUUACAGAACAGUUAGUGAUUAAAAUGAACUGUCCUGGUGUUCAUCAAAAUCAAGAGUAUUGAUCUGUGAAAAUCCUUAGAAGAGUCUGGAUCAGCAACAUCACUGAAAGGCAAUAACAGUUAUCAUAAUGUUUCAUCAUUAAUGAUUAUAUUAUAGCUAUAAAUUAGACAGUCUGAACUGGUUAUGUUUUGUUUCAUAGUAGUGCUUCACAUUACCAUUUGCACCAUAGAUUCUCAAAAGGUGAGACAUGACUUUGCGCUUAACAUGUGGAGAAUAAAUGAAUGCUACAUUCUGCUUUCAGCGUUGACUUUUCAUCAACUGUCAGUA